AUGGAUUUCAAUUCAGUUCUGGAGGCGGCAAAUCGAAACGCGAAAAAAGCGAAUAAGGAAAUGACAAAAAUUGCGAAUGAGGUGAAAGAGGAGAAAAAUGAGGUGAAGCGUCAAUUGGAAGCCGAGCGACGUGUUCGACUUGAAAUGCAGAGGAAGCGGGCCGAACGCGAGCAGGAGAUUCAGCGGAAAAAGGAAGAGGAGAGGAGAAAGAAUUUUACGAUUCCUAAAAAGAAUGAGAAGGAUAAUUCGGGAUUGACGGACGCGCUGAAAAAAUAUUAUCAGAAUCAGGAGGCUGAGAAGCGGGAAAAAGCGAGAGCGGCAGAAGCUGAACGCGAUCAACUAAUGCAGUUGAGGAUGAAGGCGAAUGGCGGAAAAGCGACGAAGAUUGGCAAACAUUUUGGACUCGAUCCGAUCGAGCUGCAGAUGCGAUUUGGUGGCAACAAUGAGCAUAUCGAAACGCUUCAGAAGAGGAAAAUGAGAGAGGAGGAUGAAACCGACAUGGAAGCUGAUAAACUGCGAAGUGGCGUUUAUCGAGCGAUCCAGAUGAAAAAGAAGAGUGAGGCGCAACUUCGCAACACUGUCAAGGGACCACAUCGCGUCGCUACUAGCAAAUCGAACAGUCUCGCCGGCCUUUGUGGGCGGCAUAAAGAAUCACGAGACAACUUCUCGCCGCCUCGGGAUGGAAAGAAGCCGAAUGAGCCGGAGAAGCGCGAGCCGGAAAAAAAGAAAAUCAUACCGGCGGCGCCUGUCGAUUUCAAGAGUCUUAUGGCUGCUGCUUCCAAUAUUGCACAAGGCAAAUCGGUGAAGUUGGACCAGUUUGAGUUGAAGCCGGCAAAGUCGGUUCAACCACCAUCGUCUAGUCGAGUGAGCUCGAAGCCGAGCACCAGUAGUUUAGUGAAGCCCAAGCCACCACCUCCGGUGAGGCCGAGGGAGCCGGAGAGGUCGAAAAUUGUCAAAGAAUUUAAGAAGCCUGUGGAAAAAGAGAGAAAACCGGUGUCUAAUGGCUCAUCGAGCUCAUCGAAACCACCUCAACCUCCGCAGCCGACAAAGAAGGUCCGAACCGAGAUUAUUACUAGUUUUGAAUCGGUAGAUAUUGAUAAUAAUUGUUCGAAAGAUUCGAAUGAGAAAGUGGAGAAUGGAAAGAAGAAAGACAUCAAAGGACGAUUCCAGAAGGGUCCGACGCCGCCGCCGGAAAUUCCGGCGUUUGUGCCUGGCAAAAAAUAUCUGCCAGGUGACAUUCGGUAUAAGCAAGCGAUGGCGUUUGCGAAGCAGCAACAGGCGCUUAAUGGUAGUCAGGCUGGAUCGUCGAAUGGCACGGCGUCGACAUCAUCGCCGGGAUCGUCGUCGAGCCGGGAUCAGCGUAUUGCGAAUGUUCGAGAAGCUGAGAGGCGAAGAGAGAUGGAUCGGGAGAUGCAGAGGAAGUUGAAGAGGGAGAGACAGCAACGGGAGGAUCGAGAAAUGGAGCGGGCGGCGAAGAUGCGGAAGAUGGAGAAGAGUAGAAGCUCACAGAUGGAUCGCAGGAGCUAUGAGAGCCGAAGAGAGCAUGAGCUUCGGGAGCAGCAGCUCAGAGAGAAGUAUAAGAAGUCGAAGAGGGAUUAUGGUGGUGGCUCAUUCUUCCGCGGCGGUGAUGAUAAUAGUGAUGAGGAUGAGGAUGAGUUUGAUGAUGAGGAUGAUUAUGCGAGUGAUUUGGAUGAUUUCAUUGACGACACUGAAGUUGAUAUGGAUGGAUUGAGUCGGAAAGAGCUCGAAGAGACGUUGAAAAUGGUCAAUCGAAAGUACGACAAGAAGUUGUGGUCCCGACGAGACAAGGAGAUUAGCGAGCGCGAUAUGAUAUCGAAUUAUCGUCAAAUCCAAUCCGAGGAGAACUAUUCGAAACGGGCGGGACUUCUUGAGGAUCUCAAGGAGGCGAGUAAAGGACGAAGUGUAAAAUUGUAA